AUGCUAAGACCGCUACCUCCUCGCAGGCUCGCCGCCUGUGACCCCUGCCGCUCCAGGAAGCUGGCCUGCGAUCAUCAGCGCCCGGUGUGCACCCGUGCUGCGGCAGGCUCAUCUCUUGCGCCACCGCUACCAGAUCGAGGUCAAGCUGCCGAUGGUGGAACAGUUCAGGGAGUCUUGAGCGUGCCCAGUGCCGACUCAUCAUCGCAAUCACGAAAGGAAACAGCUUCACCCGCAUCCCGACGAUACCCCAAUCCGGGCUAUCUGGGUUCUUCCAAUCAUACAGCUCUCUUCAAUCAGCUAGAGCUCGAUCGUGACUCACUCAUUGGCGCCAGAUUAGAUGGGCACGACCACGAGGAGCUGCCAACCCGGUCAACCUCUGAUGCGAGCAUCUCUCUGGGCGAGGAUAUUUUAGAGCAUCUCUCCCGAGUCUGCCCACUUGCAAUAUGUAUUAAACUGGCCAAGGCAUGGCUAGAUACUGGGGCUAAUCUACCACUGGGUCAUGCUUUCACUGCAGCAUCGGUGCAAGCUGUAGAGAACCUCACCACAGAUCCCGGCGAUCGUGUCAGCCUGUCUAAACAGCUACUCCACAAUUCAUCCCUCCCGCUUGAGGCGUCUUCUGCGUCAACUGGAAGGGGCGAUGCUACGAUAUUCAAUUUCGGUGCUCCCCGCUGGGAAAACAUUUGUUUAUUCUUCAUCUCUGUGGCUCGGGCUACCUUGGUCAUCCCCUACUUACAUCCCGCCUUGCGCUUGCGGGAGCAAAGGCACCGAAUCAUGAGACUAGCUAUGCGUUACGCGUGCCAGAGUCUUGACCUCUCGCUCUCCCUGGACUGCUUGAACGACCUCCAGCUCGUCUCACAGUACGAAAACUUUUUGUUGCAUUCGAUUGUAGAUGGCGAUGAAAACUUUGGAUGUUACAGAAAGCUAGGGGAUGUUGCAAGCUCCGUAUUCACUCUUGGCUAUCACCAAGAAGUCGCCUGUGAUGCGUCUCUGCCAGCCGCUCUCAGGUUCACUCGUCGGGCUGCAUUCGCACACGCUUAUUCUGCUGACAAAAAUGUCUCCAUUUUCCUGGGGCGCCCCCCGCGACUCUCUAAGCGCCUUUGUCAUUUUCCACCAAUUGGUCUCGAAGCAUAUUUCUCGCAUGAAUGGGCUGAAAGCACCACAUUGGACUUUUACGAAGAGGCUCGCUGGGCAGCUAUGUGCGCAGCACUCAAGGAGGACUGUCUUGAACUACUCAAGGAGAAAGGGAACAGUAAUAUUGAAAAGAAAGCAAGACAUAUUCGAGAAACAGCCGCGUUACAGUGGUCAUCCCUUCCGCAGUGUUUCCGACUGGAGGCCCGACUGAGAUCUUAUGAUCGGGCCCCUAUGGAGCUCGACCUACUAUUGGGUGUCAAGUUGAACCAUCUUCAUGUGGUGUUUCUUCUCCAGUUCGCCCUCCUUCGCAACAUCAAGGAGCCGGAUGCGGCUAUUGUCAGGGUAUCAGCAGAGAUAUUAGAGCUCGUGGUUGAAGCCCUACUGCUAAGAGAGCGGAUCAUCGAUUCCGGCACUUCCCUUGUAUGGAAGGUCGUCUAUUAUGGCCUUUCAGCGGCGGGCAUACUCUGUCUUGCGUUACUGCGGCCGUCGUUCUUGUUUGUACAAGAACAUAUCGAUGCUAGCCAGAUUCUUAGAGACCUAGCCGUUCUGACAGGAGUGGUCGAGAAGGGCAGCCUCGUUGAUGCAGAGGAUGCCAAUUAUGCAUUACUAGCAGCAGCCAUCAAAGCCAUCAAAAGCGUCCUUGACCGCGUUGAUCUGAACAGCCUCAACUACGGCUCUCCCAGGCAGACAAUGGAAGAGUCCACUGCCCCAGACCCAACGGCAGCUUCGAACGGAUCUUGGGAUUCAUGGUACUUUAACUACUUCCAAGACUUGCAGAACCCCUUUUGGCAAACGAUUGCACAGGGCCAUAUUGAUCCAAGCAGCAUUUCCGAGGUGCUGGCCGAUCACGAAACUUGA